AUGGUGGAAAGCACCUAUGCGAGUGAUUCUCCAAGAUCGCGUUCACCAAUGACCGAGCCCUCGAGUCCCCUGCAAGAUGGCCCAGGAAUUUCCGGAUACAAUCAGCGAUAUCUGUAUAACUAUUCCCCAGAAUCACUUCAGCACAAGUUAAAGAUUGCUAUGGAUUCUCAGAAUAGGUCUUCCAGAAAUCACGAAUUUGAGCUGCAUGAGAGGAGUUAUUCGAGGGGUGGAGCAAGUCCAAUUAGUUCAGAACAGGCAAGGUUUAGGCCAAGGGAAUCUUCGAGACCAACUUCUUCGGCGAACAUGAGUUCACCAACUUCGUUGUUUACUAUUGACAGUAUUUUGGCACCGAGGCCUGUAGGUAAUCUUACGCCAACAAGUACAACAAAUUUGUCUAUGAUGCAAAGUCCGGAGGUUAUUGGUUCAUCCAACAGGACGCCGACGAUACAUCCUCUUCAGCAACAACUUCAGCAUCUGGCUUUUACACCUGCUGAUUUUCUUGCUGCUGCAUAUCCUGGACUCUACCCAGGAGGGUAUGUGGCUGCAAUGGCAGCUGCAGGAGUCUCUCUCCAUGGGCAACCUACCUUUUAUCAUACCGGACAUCCUUAUCAAAUAAAUCCCAGUGCACCAGGCGUUGGCCCAAUGGCAAAAAGAAAGCGACGUCAUAGAACAAUUUUCACAGAGGAACAACUUGAACAGUUAGAAGCCACUUUUGACAAAACCCACUAUCCUGAUGUCCUCCUCAGGGAACAACUUGCACUUCAAGUGGAUCUUAAGGAAGAAAGAAUCGAGGUAAUUCAACUAUCUAAUUCGAUAAAAUGA